AUGAAUUUGAGAUCUUGGAACUCCAACAGCAAAAAGUUACAACAAGAAGCCGGCAGAGUCAACAUAUUAGAUACUGACGACGUCACCAAAGUCCUAGGUCUACGUUGGGAGCCGUCCACAGAUGAAGUGACCUAUGUGAAGAGAGAUAUCCCUGUUUCUACUUAUGUAACAAAGAAAGUAAUAUUGAAAUAUUCAUCUCAGAUAUACGACCCCCUUGGAAUACUAUGCCCUGUUACCGUCCGAGCCAAACUUCUAUUACAAGACAUUUGGAAACGAAAGUACGAGUGGGAUGUACCACUCCCAGAAGAUAUUCAACAGUCAUGGUCAAGUCUAGCGAAAGACUUGAACACUGUUGCCACAUUUAAAUUCCCGAGAAGAUAUUUCUCUGAAACAGGCGAAACCGGAAGUGACAGUCGGACAACCUUGCAAAUCUUCGUGGAUGCAAGUAUUAGAUCGUACGGUGCAACGGCGUUCAUCUGUAACGGGAAAGAUUCAACUCUGGUGAUGGCUAAGAAUCGCGUGGCACCGCUCAAACCCUUAACUCUGCCCAAACUUGAACUCAUGGCGGCGCUUAUUGGAGCUAGACUAGCGAAAUAUUUGCAGACGACAUUUCCUACAGCAGACAUCACACUGUGGUCCGAUAGUCAAAUCGUACUUUAUUGGCUAUCUACGAAAAAGACACUGAAGAGAUUCAUCGAGAAUCGUGUAAAAGAGAUAUGUGACCUUACGAGCCAAUAUGCAUGGAAAUAUUGUCCAACAAGCGAAAAUCCAGCCGAUUUACUGACGAGAGGUAUAACAGCUGAAAAAUUUAUGAAGAACGAUCUUUGGAUGAAAGGACCGAUAUGGUUAUGUGAUAAGACAAAAUGGCCGAUAUGGGAGGUUUCAAACAGGUUACACGUGCAAACGAUAAUUGAAGAGCAAGCCACCGGAAGUCAGCAAGCAGAGAUAGACGAGCAAAUGAUAUCUGAAGUUACACAUCACGUAUCUAGUAAUAACAUACAGAAUAUUAUUGACAUAAGGAAAUUCAGCAAUCUAAGUCGGUUACUUCGCAUUACAGCUUAUAUUCGCCGAUUUAUUGAAAACUGCAAGGUCGAGCAGUCGAGACGAAACUUCGACCAUCUUUCUACUAGUGAACUUCAGCAAGCAGAACAGCGGUGGAUACACUAUUGUCAAGCAGAUGUAUACAGUACAGAGAUACAGGAGUUAGUGAGAAACCAGGUCAAAUCACCAUUAAUAAAGCAGCUUCGACUAUUUCUUGACCAGACCGGAUGUAUCCGUUGCGGCGGAAGACUUAACAACGCAGCCGUGGAUGACGUCACAAAGUACCCGUACCUCCUACCAAAGAAGUCUAGACUUACUAAAUUGAUAGUCCGCAAUGCCCAUGAGUGUCUCUGUCAUAGUGGUUUAAAUGCUACAGUUACCAGCAUUAGACAGUCAUUUUUGGUACCAGCGAUACGACAAUGCGUGAACGCCGUAAUCCGAAACUGUGUCACAUGCCGUAAAGUGCACGGACUUCCAUACAAGUCACCUGAAGUUCCCCUAUUGCCGAAAUUUAGAGUAGAAGAAGCCCCACCCUUAACCAUUACCGGAGUAGAUUUUACUGGUACAUUAUAUAUCAAAGAACCCUCUGGAACAGAGAAAAAGGCAUACAUAUGUCUAUUUACAUGUGCUGUUACCAGGGCCGUUCAUCUUGAAGUAGUUACAAGUGUAUCAGCAGACUGUUUCUUACAAGCUGUACGACGAUUCUCAAGCCGGAAGUCGCAACCCAAGCUCAUAGUUUCAGACAACGCUAAAACGUUCCAGACGGCGUCUACUUAUUUGAAAGCCAUGUUCGAAUCCCAGGUCGUCAGAGAGUCCCUAGCAAAUACUGGCAUUGAUUGGAAAUUUAUACCUGAGAGAGCCCCAUGGUACGGAGGUUGGUGGGAGCGACUGAUAGGUCUUACAAAACAAACUCUCAAGAAGAUCCUUGGCCGUGCAAUGGUAGACUUAGAGACUCUACAAACCAUUGUAACCGAAAUUGAGUCCCUGCUGAACGAUCGACCACUGACGUUCGUUUAA